ACAAUUUUCCAUGUACUGAUACUGUCUCUCUCUCUAGGAAUUGGGAAGAGGCACGAGUUCGCUCUGGUUAUUGAACAGAGAGAUUUUAAAUGUACUCACCACUCUUAGUUUGUUCUUUGAUUUCUAAAGGAACGGUCUUGGAUUAAAAGAACUCCAAGUUCAGAGAAAUUUGGCCGUUCUUCCUACUGAUCGUAAGUUCCAAGAAAUAGCAAUCAACUGCUCAACGGACAGUUAAAUGGUGGGAGACCCUUGAAUGUUACAGGAUAGGUAUGAAGCUGCUCUUUUCCAACACGCUUCACAAGCGCAUCUCUCUUACCUCUUAUUUGUUUCAAGCUCCUUGGAUUUCCAUUGAAUUCUCCUCUGCAUCUGCUUCACCUGCUUUUCAUGACUCAGACUCUCCACCUCUUCAUGAAUCCCCAAACCCAAAAUCCGAAGCCCAAAAUUCAUAUACGCAAGAUGCAUAUACCCAAGAUGUCAAUUUGUUCAUUUCUGCUCUUUUGGCCUGUAAAAGCUUGACCCAAGUUUCUCAGGUUCAUGCUCAAGCAGUUGUUACAGGAACUGCAGAGAAUUUAACAUUGAGUAACAAAUUUAUCUAUAUUUAUGCACAAUGGAGAUGCUUACAAGAUGCCCGCAAAAUUUUCGAUCGAAUGAAUUCAAGGGAUGCAGUUUCUUGGAGUGUGAUGGUUGGUGGGUAUACAAAAGCUGGCGAUCAUGAGAAUUGCCUCAGAAUCUUCAGAGAAAUUGUGCGCUCUGGCUCAGCUCUCGAUAACUACUCAACCCCAUCUGCCCUAAGGUCUUGUCGGCAUUUGAAGGAUCUUCAAAUGGGUAGAGAGAUACAUCACUUGGUUUUGAAGACGGGUCUACAGAGAGAUCUAUUUGUAAGCGCUGCUCUUGUCGAUAUGUAUGCAAAAUGUGGUUCAUUAGAAGACGCAAAAAAAGUGUUUGACAAGAUGCCCAAAAGAGAUUUGGUUUCUUGGACUGUGAUGAUAAUGGCUUAUGCUGAGGGUAAUCAGGCAAGUGAAUCAAUGAUUUUGUUUGAUCGGAUGAAAGACGAAGGGGUUUUGCCUGAUAAGGUUACUAUGGUGACUGUUGCCUUUGCAUGUGCAAAAUUAGGAGCCAUGCAUAAGGCCAUGGCCAUUCAUGAGUACAUACUGAUGAGGAAGUUCUCUUUAGAUGUGAUACUUGGAACCGCAACGAUUGAUAUGUAUGCAAAAUGCGGGAGCAUUGAUAUGGCAAGGGACACUUUCGAUAGCAUGCCUCAUAGGAAUGUGAUAUCAUGGAGUGCCAUGAUUGCUGCUUAUGGGUAUCACGGGCAUGGCCAUAAAGCUUUGGAACUCUUUCCCAUGAUGUUACAAAUGGGGAUUCGACCAAAUAGAAUCACUUUCUUAUCCAUUCUAUCUGCUUGUAGCCAUGCUGGUUUGGUCGAUGAGGGUUGGCAUUACUUUAAUUCUAUGAGAAUAGAUUACUUUGUAGAACCAGAUGUAAAGCACUAUACGUGCAUGGUUGAUCUUUUAGGUCGUGCUGGUAAGCUCGAAGAGGCUUGUGAUCUUAUCGGUGGAAUGAUCAUUGAGCCUGAUGAGGGUUUAUGGGGUGCCGUCUUGGGUGCUUGUAGAAUCCAUGGAAAUAUAGCUUUGGCAGAGGAAGCUGCAAAUUGUCUUCUCAAUAUGGGACCAAGAAAUCCGGGUUAUUAUGUUUUGCUUUCCAAUAUCUAUGCAAAGGCUGGAAGGUGGGAAGACAUGGCAAAAAUAAGAGAAAUGAUGGGCAAUAGGAAGUUGAAGAAGACACCAGGAUGGACAUGGAUAGAGAUAGAUAAUAAGACCCACCAAUUUAGUGUUGGGGACAAGACCCAUCCAUUGUCUAAAGAGAUAUAUGAUAAGUUGCAGAGUUUGGGUGUUGAGAUGGAGCGUGUUGGAUAUGUGCCUGAUACUAAUUUUGUUCUUCAUGAUGUGGAUGAAGAGAUGAAGGUUGGGAUUUUGUACACUCAUAGUGAGAAAUUGGCAAUUGCCUAUGGUUUGAUCAGCACAACCCCAGGAACCACCAUUAGGAUCAUGAAGAACCUUCGGGUUUGUGGUGAUUGCCACACAUUCACUAAGUUUCUUUCAAAGAUUGAGGAGAGAGAAAUUAUCGUUAGGGAUGGAAAUCGUUUCCACCAUUUUAAGGAUGGUUUGUGCUCUUGUGGGGAUUAUUGGUGAAUAGAUUUCUAU